AUGGGAACAAACCCAGACAUCGCGGACCCUCCUAAUACUUUUAAGUCAGCAGUAUGGCAACAUUUCGGCUACCCGGUGGAGAACAAGGAUGGCAAUCGUGUUGUCGACAAGACCCACACAAUUUGCCGUAAGUGUUUCAAGAAGCUUCCCCAACCGGCCGGCAACACAACCAACAUGCAGAUGCAUAUCUUAAGGCACCAUCCCGACAUCAGUUUAGCUCGUCCACAGAAAACAACCCAACAGCAGCAGCCUACACUGCCUAGUUUAUUCCAAGCAAAGUUUCCAGCCAAUUCAGAUCGAGCACAAAAAAUUACUGAUGCAAUUGGAAUUUUGAUGUCACUGGAUAUGCGCCCCUUUUCGGUAGUUGAAAACGAGGGAUUCAAGUAUUUACUUAGUGUGCUCGAGCCCCGUUAUGCAUUACCAAGCCGGGCGCAUUUCUCUCAAAAUGUGCUACCAAAACUUCUGGAGAAAACAAAGGCUAAGGUGGAGGAAGGGUUGAGUACUGCUGAAUCCAUCGCAAUCAUUACCGAUGGAUGGACGUCCCGUGCCACAGACAGCUAUAUGACCAUAACCGCACACUAUAUUACGGCCGAUUGGCAAAUAGCAAACCCCGUCCUCCAAACACGCGCUGUGUAUGAGAGCCAUACAAGCGACCAUUUAUCGGAAAUACUUAAAGAGGCUGUGAUAGAUUGGAAAAUCAGCAGAAAAAACGUCCCCGUGACAACAGACAACGCCAGAAAUAUUGCCAAUGCUGUCGAAGCGGCCGGAUUUUCACCGCAUAUACGAUGCUUUGCUCACACUGUUAAUCUGGCUGCGCAGAGAGGGAUGGGCGUUCACCACAUGUCCCGACUCCUCGGCAGAGUGAGGAAAGUGGUCACGUUUUUCCACCGCAGCACAACAGCUGCAGCUGUGUUGAAGGAGAAACAGGUGAUGCUACAGCUGCCCUUACACAAGCUGGUCCAGGAUGUGGCUACUAGGUGGAACUCAAGCCACGACAUGCUCGAACGCUACCUUGAGCAGCAGGCUGCUGUUUUCUCUACAUUAACAGACAAGAGUGUCAAGAAGAACAUUAAAGACAUCGUCACUCUGUCUGAUGAUGAUGUGAAACUAGCUGAGGACGUGGUGCAGGUUCUUAAACCUUUGAAAACUGUGACUACCCUCAUGAGCACUGAGCAGAUGCCAACUAUUUCAAUGAUCGUGCCAUUGAAACACAGAAUCCUGGCCUCCAUGAAGCACAGUGUCUCUGACUCAACAGUAGUGAAAGACAUCAAAGCUGCUAUUGCACAUGACUUUGAGGACAGAUACCCUGAUUCGGAUAGGGCACUAAUUCAGUUUCUUCAUAUGAGCACUGUACUUGACCCCCGUUUCAAAUCUCUACCUUUCCUUGAUGAGACCACCCAUGACACAAUCUUCAAGAGUCUGACUGAGAGAAUUCUGGAAGAUUGUUCACAGACUGUUCAGGCCCAGACUUCAACGGAAGAGCAAUCAGAGACAGCCUCAAGCUGCAGUAACUGUCCUCCUCCAGCCAAAAGAGCACCAAUGAUGGCUGAACUGUUUGGAGACUUCUUUCCAAUGGAACAGGCAUCGUCAUCAUCCAAGCCUUUGUCUGCAGUGGUGGAUGAGGAGGUGCAGCAUUACAGAGCAGUGCAAAGCCUUUCAUUGGAGUCAAAUCCACUUAUGUGGUGGAAGGACAACCAGAACCAGUUCCCCCAUUUAGCCAAGUUGGCUAAAAUGUACCUUGGAAUCCCAGCCAUAUCUGUCCCCAGUGAGAGAGUGUUUUCCACUGCAGGGGACAUUGUCACAGCACAGAGAGCAAGCCUCUCACCAGACAAUGUGGACAUGAUGGUGUUUCUGAAGAAGAGUUUUCAACUCCCUUAA